AUGGAAACCACAUUCGACCUCCCAGACUCCACCGACUGGAUAGCGACCACGCUUCCCGCAUUCGAGCCGCUCGAGGCCGCCUUGCGCUGCGAAAUGUGCAAGGAGUUCUACUCGAACCCGGUCAUUACCUCAUGUUCGCAUACCUUCUGCUCGAUAUGCAUAAGACGAAGCAUAGCCGCGGAUGGAAAGUGUCCGAGCUGCAGGACUGCGCUAUCGAGCGACAAGUUGGCGCCAAACAUCGCGGUGAGGGAGGUCGUUAUGCGGUUCCAAGAGGCAAGACCGAAGGCGCUCGAGCUGGCGCGUGCGGACGAACAGCAGGAAAACGGCACAGAGUCUGGCAACAGGAGGAAGAGGAAAAUAAAUCAAACGGACAUCCAGGACGGCGAGGACGUGAGGCAGACGAGAUCACGGCAGACACGGCGCAGUCGCCGCAACGCUGCCUCGAGCGAUGCGCCUGUCGAGAUACCGGACAGCGGGGACGAUGGCGACGCCGACUUUCUGCCCGAGGGCAUGGCGAACUGUCCCAUCUGCAAUGAGGCCAUGAAGCAGGAGCUAGUGUUCAACCAUCUCGACGUGUGCACAGGGCAAAGCGCAUCCCAGGGGCGCAGUACACGUUCAAAAACAAAACCCUCGUUUCCCGCGGCAUUGCAAAGACGACAGAAAGAACCUUCACCUCCGCCAACCCGGCAGUCACAACUUAACUACGCGAUGAUGAAAGACGGCGCACUGCGCAAGAAGCUUCAAGAACUGGGAAUACCGAACUGGGGCAGCAAAGAUCUGAUGAAGCGGCGGCACAUCGAGUGGCUGAAUAUCCACAACUCGAAUUGUGACGCCGACGACAGUGUGCGGAAAACAAAGAGACAACUAGUCAGAGAGCUAGAGGAAUGGGAGAACACCCAAGGAGGGAGGGCAGAGACAAAGGAAAGCAAGGUCAUGCGGAAAGACUUUGAUGGCAACGGAUAUGCCAAGUCUCACAAGAAUGAUUUCGAUGACCUGAUCGCGCGAGCACGGAAGCAACGUGCAGUACCAAAGCCGGAUGACAAGCGAGAAACGAGCGGAGAGGCCGUCAACAACAGCACAACAAAAACUUUUCAGGCCCACAUUGGGCUGGAGGUCGAGACGCAGAUGCCAGAUGCGCCUGUUGGUAGCGAGCAACAGCCUCAUCAACCAACCCACGAGAACGGAGUCGAACCACAGGGCCUGGACAUCAACCAUGGUUCACACCUCGGAACGCCUCAAAAUAACGCACAUUCUACGAAUCAGGUAGGGACCAACCUGACCCUGGAGACUGAAGACUCGACAACCGCACCGCACGAGGAGGUGACCCUUGGAAUACAAAAUCCUCUCGGGAACUCAACACGUAGGAAACCAAUGUUCACGAUGCCUGAAGACCCAAUCAAAGAGAUAGAUAUGUCCGUAACAUAG